AUGUCGCUGAACUACUCCUUCGCCCAAGCCGUAGAAGAGACGGUACCUCCGCCAAUCCCCAAAGCCUGGGCAUGGCGUGACCAGUACCUGCUCGAUCCCAUCGAGGGACCUGUCGUGGAUCUCUCGCAAGGAUUUCCAGGUACGGCACCACACGAGUCGGUCCUCACUGCGCUGUCCGAGGCGGCAAAGCAAGGUCCGGUCGCCAAGUACGGUGCGAUCCUUGGCUCGCCUGCUCUGCGUGAAGCCGUAGCGGAGGAGAUGCGCGUCCUGUAUCGGAUGAAGAGACCUGUCAAUGGACUGGCAUCCGGACCUGGGGUUACAGCCCCGGAUGUCGCUAUUACCGCCGGCGGCAACAUGGCCUUUCUCGUCACCCUCAUGGCCCUCUGUCCUCCUAACGCAUCCUCCGUCCUCCUCCCCAUGCCCAACUACUUCUCUCACGCAAUGACUCUCUCCCUUCAAUCCGUUAUGCCUAUCCACCUCGCUUGCGAUCCGGAGGACAACUUUUACCCCUCCCUUCCGGCUGCUCGGGCGUACCUCGAAUCCGCGGGAAACGAUGCGGGCAACAAGGUCAAGCCGCGGAUGAUACUGCUCAUCAACCCGUCGAAUCCCACUGGGUCGAUCAUGGGCCCGGAACUGCUGAAGGAGUGGUAUGAGCUCGCGAGGGAGUACAAGGUCGCACUGGUGGUGGAUGAGACGUAUCGGGAUUUUGUGGAGGGUGAGACGGAAGAUCUGAGAGGGGUGCCGCAUAAGCUGUUCGAGGAGGCUGAUUGGCGGAGUACCUUCAUCAGCUUGGGUUCUUUCAGCAAGAGCUACAGAAUCCCGGGAUACAGACUGGGGACCAUCACGGGCAGUCCGAUGCUGCUUCGGCGGCUCGAGACGAUCUGUGACUGCGUCCAGAUCUGCGCCCCACAGGUCGCUCAAGUCGCCCUUCCCCCACUCCUCCCCUCUCUCCGCCCCGACCUCCUCACUGCCUCCCACGCUCUCGCACACCGCCGCGCCCUCUUCCGCGAAAUCAUAUCCACCGUCCCUGGCUGGAAGAUAGAGUCCUCCGGCGGAUACUUUGCCUACGUCUCUUUCCCGUCCGAAUACCUGUCCGCGAGCUCCUCUUUGGGUCUCAAGCGGAAGAGGUUAGGGAGCGAGGAUGUAGCGAAAGGGUUGGCGGUGAAGGCCGGGGUGGUAGUUCUGCCGGGAAAUUUUAGUAUGCCUGAUCUGGAGGAUGAUGAGGUCUGGGAAGGGGUGGUAGGGGGCCAGAAGCUGAGAGAGGAUCGGUGGUUGAGGUUCGCAGUGGCAAAUGUGGACGACGAGACGAUCAAGAAGGUCGGGCCGAGAUUACGUAGGUUCAACGAGAUUAUGGGUAUGAGCUGA